CUCGAGAAAUGUUUUAGACAUGCCACCUCACCUCGUUCUAACUCCAGUACCAUUCAAUUAUACAACCCCAAGCUAGUGUCUAUAUAUACUCAAGCACUUAACGGACUACACUUACAACUUCAGUUCCACACUAACCAAAAUGGCAGCCAAUGCAGAAUGCGUAUGGGGUACAACUUGGGGAGGAAAGGGUGGAUCACGUACCUGGGAAUUCAUAAUACCUGAUGGUUCAACACUUACCAAGAUAGCUUUAAGCAGUGGAGACGCUUUAGAUUUCAUCCGUUUCACUUACAAGGAUGGGUAUGGCCAUACCCAUUCUUCUGAAAAAUUCGGUGGUGAUGGCGGCUCACCUCAUAUGAUCAUCUUUGACGACAAUGAGUACCUCAUCGGGAUUAGUGGACGUGUCGGAUCAUUUGGUGACCACACCGUGAUUACGUCAGUGACUUUUCAGACCAACAUCAGAACUUAUGGGGAAUACGGCACAAACCCCGGGACUGAUUUCUCGUUUGGGGUCACACGCGGUAAGUUUUCGGGAUUCUAUGGAAAGUGUGGCAGUUCCGUAGACUCUUUGGGUGUCAUUCUUCAGGCGUGACAUGAUAUAUGACAGCAUGCAUGCAUGUUGUGUUUGAUGGAAACAUAUGUUAGAUGGUUGGUCGUACGUCAUUUUGUUUUCUAAA